AUGGCCGUCUAUUCCUUGACUGGCUUCUCCCUGGUCAGCCUGCUGAGCUUCGGCUACUUAUCCUGGGACUGGAUGAAGCCCGAUCUGGUGACCGAGGUUUCGGGGGACCCGGCGGGGAAACCUCGCCUCCCGCCUGCUUUCUCCAGGCCUCCCCACAUCGUUUUCAUUCUGACCGACGACCAGGGCUAUCACGAUGUGGGCUACCACGGCUCGGACAUCCAGACGCCGACGCUGGAUAGGUUGGCUGCCGAAGGGGUUAAGCUGGAGAAUUACUACAUCCAGCCCAUCUGCACGCCUUCCAGGAGUCAGCUUAUCACGGGGAGGUACCAGAUCCACACAGGUCUUCAGCACUCAAUCAUCCGUCCCCGACAGCCAAACUGCUUGCCUCUGAACCGGAUCACUCUCCCACAGAAGCUGCGGGAAGCUGGCUAUUCUACCCACAUGGUUGGCAAAUGGCACUUAGGCUUUUAUCGUAAAGAAUGCUUGCCAACCCGCAGGGGCUUUGAUACCUUCCUGGGCUCACUGACAGGAAAUGUGGAUUAUUAUACGUAUGACAACUGUGACGGGCCAGGAAUAUGCGGGUAUGACCUUCACGAUGGGGAAAAUGUAGCCUGGGAACAAAGUGGCAAGUAUUCCACGUUCCUUUACACCCAGCGAGUCAGAAAAAUUUUGGCAACCCACAACCCCAAGGAGCCUCUCUUCAUCUACAUAGCAUUCCAGGCAGUGCACACCCCUUUGCAGUCCCCAAAGGAAUACAUCUAUCGCUAUCGCUCCAUGGGCAACGUGGCCCGCCGUAAAUAUGCUGCCAUGGUCACAUGCAUGGAUGAAGCCGUGAAGAAUAUCACCUGGACCCUGAAGAAAUAUGGCUACUAUGACAACAGUGUUAUUGUUUUCUCUACAGAUAAUGGAGGGCAGACGUUCUCUGGGGGAAGCAACUGGCCCUUGCGAGGCCGCAAAGGAACAUAUUGGGAGGGAGGAGUGCGUGGCAUUGGCUUUGUCCACAGUCCACUGAUUAAACGCAAGCGAAGGACCAGCAGGGCCCUCAUCCACAUAACUGACUGGUACCCAACCUUAGUGACUUUGGCUGGGGGCAAUGUGUCUGAAGCAGAUGGCUUGGAUGGCUUUAAUGUGUGGCCAGCUAUCAGCGAGGGCAAAGAAUCACCCCGGACUGAAAUCCUGCACAACAUCGACCCUUUGUAUAAUCAUGCCAAAUAUGGCUCUUUAGAGAAUGGUUUUGGCAUCUGGAAUACAGCAGUACAGGCCUCUUUACGGGUGGGAGACUGGAAACUUCUUACUGGAGAUCCUGGCUACAGUGACUGGAUCCCACCACAGACUCUGACCAACUUCCCAGGGAGUUGGUGGAACUUAGAGCGCCUGACAGAUGGGAUACGGCAGUCUGUCUGGCUUUUCAACAUCACAGCUGAUCCAUACGAGCGCUAUGAUCUGUCAGACCAGCAUCCUGAUGUGGUCAAGGCUCUGCUUCUUAGGCUGGUUCAUUACAACCAGACAGCCAUCCCUGUCAAAUAUCCUGCGGCAAACCCACGAGCUCACCCUGACUUCAAUGGUGGCGCCUGGGGACCUUGGGCCACAGAAGAGGAUGAAAGAUGGGAAGUAGGGCGUGGAAAGCCAAAAAACAAAAAGAGGAAAAAGAAGUGCAAGAUCUGUAAGCUACGCUCCUUCUUCAAAAAGUUGAACACCAGACUGAUGUCAAACCGCAUCUGAGAUGGGGCAGGCUGGGUUCUUGCCAAAAGUCAGGUUGGAAGAGGGCUGUCCCAAAUAAAUGGAAGUAGGGGGAGAGAUCAGUGGAGUAUUCUCCUUUCUGUUCAACUUGGAGUGAAGUGAGUGGACUAUCAGCUCUUCUUCCCCUAUUGUGAGGUAGGGAUAACCAACUCUGCCUAUCCAUCCCACUUCAUCUUUUCCCCAAUUUCAGCACCAACAUUGCUGAUUCUGGGCAGACUU